ACGCGUUUGUUUGACAAAGCGGCUGCCAUUGAGUAGAAUAAAAUAUCGACUUUCAAUGGAGGGUGUGUAUAAGGCGAGUUAUGUUGUGGAUCCAAACCCAGACAAGUUGUCCGAUCUGCAGGAUCAAGUCGAUGAUGUCAGCGGCAUCAUGAGACAAAACAUUGACAAAGUUUUGGAAAGAGGCGAGAAGCUGGAUGACCUGAUCGUCAAAACUGAUGAUCUCCAGGCAACGGCUGACUCAUUUCAGAAAACAUCCACCAAGAUAGCAAGGAAGAUGUGGUGGAAAAACACAAAAAUGAUGGUCAUCAUCCUAGUGAUUACAGCUAUAGUCAUCACCCUCAUCAUUCUCUUUGCUACCGGGGUCAUUCCAACCUAGGAGCACACCUACCCCCCAACUGCCCACCUGCUCUUCCCUCAACCUCCAUUUUGUUUCAAUGGACCAGCUUCUUACCUUUCUUGUACAUAAUGCAGCUUUUCUGCAAUGUAUUGAUGCUAUCCCUUAAAAAGCAAAUUUUAAUAGUUCAACAAUAAAAUAUUUAUAUUUGAAAUGCACUUUGUUGGAAUUCUGCAUUAUUGAUUCAAUUUUGCAGGAAGACCAACUCAAAUGUAAGGAUUAUUGUUAUUAACUUGUGUUAUAUCUGACAUUUUCAUCUCUGCCCCUUCACCCAGACUGGGGAUAUCUGUUAUUUAUUGUACAGCUCAACAUUCUCUCUCUUCAAGGUGUUAAGAUCAUGCUACGAUAUAGAGCUUUAGGGCAGUGGUGCCCCUUUCGGUUAGUCAAUAAAAUGAUCAUAGAAAUAA